UGUGUGUGUGUGUGUGGAUGGGUGGGUGGGUGUCUGAAAAACCGGAACAACCCGGCAAUAUUAAGGCGAAUACUCUGAUGAGAGGUAGUCUACAGACGAGUGGAUUACAGCGAAAGCUCCAUAAACUUUAAUGAACAGGAUUAUAUUCAGCAACUUGUUUUACUGGAAACAUUACUGAGGAAACUUCAUGUCGGACUAUUAACCUUAUUCUGCGCUCUUUAGUUUUCACCUCAAGACGGCAACAUUCCGAGACUAUUUUAUUUAUUUAUUUAUUUAUUAUUGAAGAUUCUCUGGAUAACUGAUGAGGGUGAAGAUGAGCUUGUGGACACUGCUGUUGUUCUUGCUGGCUUUUGUGUCCAGGGGAAAAGCUGGGUAACGUCCUGUUAACUUGAGAUCAUCGGAUUUGGAGAUGUCAUUGAAUACAGCUGUGAGGACAAAUACACUCUUGUAGGCAACAGAUCUGUUGUUUGUCAGGAAAAUGGGAAUUACAGUUCACUUCCACAGUGCCAAGGUGAAUGUCCGAGACCUGUCCCGGAGGGUAACGUGCUGUUAACUGAAUCUGCUAUGCUGAAAAAUAAUUUUCCUGAUGGAUCUGAAGUCACUCUGAAGUGUGCUACUGGCUAUGUGGUGGUGCAAGGCUCUAACACCAUUCAGUGUGUCAGUGGUGAAUGGAGCAAACAGGAGCUGACUUGUAAAAAAAAAGACUGUGGUCUUCCUAGAUCAACCCCUAAUAUGAAUUAUCACAUCCCCACUGACACAUUGUUUGGUGCAUACAUCAGACCAGUUUGUGACCGUGGAUAUUACCUUCAGGGUUCCAGCUAUAGGCAGUGUCAUGCAAAUGGCUGGGGUGGAAGGUCACAGUGUCUGUUGGUCACCUGUGGGAAGCUUCCUGAGAUUCCUCACUCUGUUAUAGUCAGUGAACCAGCCAAGGAGAUCAUCGGAUUUGGAGAUGUCAUUGAAUACAGCUGUGAGGACAAAUACACUCUUGUAGGCAACAGAUCUGUUGUUUGUCAGGAAAAUGGGAAUUACAGUUCACUUCCACAGUGCCAAGGUGAAUGUCCGAGACCUGUCCCGGAGGGUAACGUGCUGUUAACUGAAUCUGCUAUGCUGAAAAAUAAUUUUCCUGAUGGAUCUGAAGUCACUCUGAAGUGUGCUACUGGCUAUGUGGUGGUGCAAGGCUCUAACACCAUUCAGUGUGUCAGUGGUGAAUGGAGCAAACAGGAGCUGACUUGUAAAAAAAAAGACUGUGGUCUUCCUAGAUCAACCCCUAAUAUGAAUUAUCACAUCCUCACUGACACAUUGUUUGGUGCAUACAUCAGACCAGUUUGUGACCGUGGAUAUUACCUUCAGGGUUCCAGCUAUAGGCAGUGUCAUGCAAAUGGCUGGGGUGGAAGGUCACAGUGUCUGUUGGUCACCUGUGGGAAGCUUCCUGAGAUUCCUCACUCUGUUAUAGUCAGUGAACCAGCCAAGGAGAUCAUCGGAUUUGGAGAUGUCAUUGAAUACAGCUGUGAGGACAAAUACACUCUUGUAGGCAACAGAUCUGUUGUUUGUCAGGAAAAUGGGAAUUACAGUUCACUUCCACAGUGCCAAGAGAGACAAGGCCAUGAGAGAUAUUUUUCAACAUACUCAGUUGUUAUUGGAUUGACUGCCAUAUUGGCUGCAGCCAUAGCCAUUGUUAUUUUAAUAUGGUGCCUUGUACAGCGUUACCAGAAACGAAAAGGAUCAUAUGACACUGGGGAAGAAAUGAGGAAAAAAGAAGCAUUAAUGCAAGAAAACUGUUACUCCAACAUCCGGGUCCAAUCCAAGGCCCCGUAAUCGCAUUGCUCCUGCCUGCUGAUCUGCUUCUGAUCCAUGCAGUGGCCAGGAGCACAGUAUUACCUCUGUAAAGUGACCAAAAUGUUUUAUUCACACAUUAUUCUAACUAUU